AUGGCCACUCGCAUCGCCUACGCAGUCAUCCUUUUACUCAAUUCAAUAAUAUCUUGGCUCAUGCUCACACCAUGGGCCCUCAAGAAGCUGGAACAUCUGACUUUGGACUACAUGGCGAUAACCUGUCAAGGAAAGCAGUGCUAUGGUUUCGUCGCUGUCCAGCGGGUCAACUUUGCUCUCGGUCUAUUCCACUUCGCUCUUGCAAUCCUGCUGCUCGGUGUCAAAUCUUCUAGGGAUGGACGAGCUGCAUUACAAAACGGUUACUGGGGGCCUAAGAUCAUCAUCUGGCUGGCUUUCGUUGUCAUGACCUUCUUCAUUCCCGAGGCUUUCUUCCAAGUCUGGGGCAAAUACUUCGCAUUGGCCGGAGCCAUGAUGUUUGUGCUCCUGGGACUCAUCCUUCUAGUCGAUCUUGCCCACACUUGGGCUGAAUUCUGUUUGGAGAAGAUCGAAAACUAUGAUUCGAAGGCAUGGAGGGGCGUUCUCAUUGGAUCGACGCUUGGCAUGUAUACCAUGUCGUUCGCCAUGACCAUCGUCAUGUAUAUUUUCUUCGCAAACAGUGGCUGCGCAAUGAAUCAAGCCGCAAUUACCGUGAACCUCAUCGUCCUGCUCAUAAUCUCCGCCAUUUCGGUCCACCCCGUGAUUCAAGAAUAUAACCCCCAGGCUGGCCUCGCACAGUCCGCUAUGGUUGCCGUCUACUGCACCUACCUUACUAUGUCCGCCGUAUCCAUGGAGCCCGAUGACCACCACUGCAAUCCUCUCAUCCGUGCUAGUGGCACUCGCACAGCGUCAAUCGUCAUCGGCGCGAUCGUUACCAUGCUUACAAUCGCCUACACCACUACCCGUGCUGCCACUCAGGGUAUUGCUCUAGGUAGCCAAACUAGCCACUCAUACAGCAAGCUUGGUUCAGAAGAGGCCGCAGAGCAUGGUCUCGUCGACACUCAGCCCUCUGCAUCUCGCCGCGAAAUGCGCGCCGAAGCCCUCCGUGCUGCGGUCGAAGCUGGCAGUCUGCCUGCUAAUGCUCUUGACGACGAUGACGAAGACGAAGAGUCCAAUGACGGCCACGGCGGUAAAGACGAUGAAAGACGAGGCACGCAAUACAACUACUCCCUUUUCCACGUCAUCUUCCUGCUGGCUACAUGCUGGGUUGCUACCUUACUCACGCAAAACAUCGAUUUCGAGAACGCUGGUGACUUUGCAGCUGUUGGGAGGACAUAUUGGGCUAGUUGGGUGAAGAUUGUGAGCGCAUGGGUGGCGUAUGGCAUUUACACAUGGAGUCUGGUGGCGCCGGUUACGAUGCCGGACCGCUUUGGCUAUUAA